CCCGUGCCCCCGCUAUUUCCCUGUCUGUUUUGGGUUGUUUCAUGUUUGUGAUUUGUAUUGAAUAAGUUGAUAUUUAUAAUUAUAUAUAAAAAAAUGAGCGUUUUGGUUGCUUCGGACGAACCUUUGAAGAAAAAGCGAUGUAUACGUUAUCCAGAACCCAAUGAGAAGAGCCCGCAUAAAAAUAGCUCGAAUUAUGUUGGAAAAUUGAAUGGAAUCUCUAAACCUAAAUUUCGUUUAAAAAAUGCGGGAAAAUUUGCUUCAUUAUCACAAGAUUGUGGUGGAAGAUUGCCACUUGUUCUAACAGACAUUCAAAACUUACUUUUGCAUUCUUUUUUGGGAAAUCAAAAUCAUACUCAUCCAGCCAGAUGGUAUCAUUUUGAUAAUAGCAGUCAUAUAAGUCAAACAAUGUGCAUUAUUUUUGAAGGCAUUUCUAUAAAUCAUUGGAAAACAUUUAAAGAAAAGUCAAAGUUUGAUAAGCUGUUUAAUAAUUGUGUUGAAAUAUUUACACCAGCGAUAUAUAAUGGAUCCUUAGUUAAGGAUUUAGCUUUAGUACCCCUUUCUCAAACAGAGAAGGAAACAUUAAUACAGAAAUAUGGUGAUAUGAACUCAGCAAUGGAUGUGAGAAAAGAUAUAAUGAUGAAAGGUGAAUUUCUUACCAAUGGAGAAGAUACAUCAAUGAAUAAAACAAACCCUGAAUUAAAUAUAAAUGAUAAUUUUCCUAGAACAAAGUUAAUUUUAUCAUCAUAUCAACUUAUUGAAGAAAAUUUCCCUGUUCCACUAAAAGGAAAAUUCAAAAAAAUGUAUGCAGAUUAUGUAUUAUCUAAGAAUAAGUAUGAAGCAGUAACUCCCAAAUCUCCAAUGUUUGGACUAGAUUGUGAAAUGUGUAUAACAAAAGCUGGCUCAGAGCUUACAAGGGUGUCUGUCGUAAAUGAAAACUACGAAGUUGUCUAUGAGUCAUUUGUUAAACCAUACAAUAAUAUAACAGACUACUUAACUAGAUUCUCAGGAAUAACAGAAUCAUCUUUGUCAAAUGUGACAAAAAGGCUCGAGGAUGUUCAAAAUGAUCUUAGAGAGUUAUUACCCCCUGAUGCAAUUUUAAUAGGACAAUCAUUGAACUUUGAUUUACAUGCCUUAAAAAUGAUGCAUCCUUAUGUCAUAGACACUAGUUGCAUAUACAACUUUUCGGGUGAUAGAGGCAGGAAAACAAAGCUCAAAAUAUUAGCCAAAGAAUUUCUCAAUGAAGAUAUUCAAACUGGCAAGUCAGGACAUUGUUCUGCCGAGGAUGCAUUGACAGCCUUAAAACUUGUACAGUUAAAAUUAAGUAAAUGUAUAGAGUUUGGUGACUCGGUGCAGAAAAGAAGACAAUGCUUUAAAGAAAGAUUGAUUGAACAAGCGUCAAAACCAGAGUACGGUAUGUCAAUAUUCAAUCAUAUAAUUGAGCAAGAAAAAACCGCAUUGGUUGUCGGCUGUGAUAAUAUAACAGGCGACUAUCACUCAUAUCUAUCUCAAGCAAAGAAUAGUUUGAGCAAUCAUUUAAAAAAAAAGAAAUUAAAAAAGGUGAAGUUAUCUACAGUAGACACUGUGGAGGAAGUUAUAUCAACAGUGACUGAUACGGUCAAUGAUUACAAUUUCAUAAUGGCUCAUUUAAAAAUAGAUGACAGUGAACAUGAUGAUGUAUCACAGAAAAUAUCUGAAGUUGAUCGACAGAUAGAACACAUCUGGGAGAGUCUUAAUGAUGCCGCUCUGUGUGUUGUCAUUUUCGGUGGGACCACAGAAGACAAUGGUGUAGCUAUGAUUAAUAUUAAACAUAAUAAGUGUAAAUAAAUAUUUAACUAUAACAA